AGAAAAUAAAAUGACAUGAUUAUGAAUUGAUACAAAAUGGACUCAGCAAUUGUUGCUUUUCACAGCAUAAGGGAUAACCUAAAGCUUAAAGGAAGACUAGGGUUGGACCAAGGUUUACCUGAGGACCCGGGAUCAGAGUUUGUUUCCGAGUACUCUCAGGAUUUCAACUCUGUGGACUCUGAUACGUGUAGGAAAGGAAUCCUAAAAGCUAGAUCAAAAUAUGUUCAGGAUACUCUAGUUAUACCUCCGGAAAUAUUGGAGAAAAUAUCUAACAAGGAUCAAUUCUUUCACUCGGGCAGAAAUACAAGAGCCCGAGAUUCUGGCUUUAAUUCUGAAUAUAACAGUUCUGUUCUAGCAAGUGAAAAGGGAAGCUGUGUGUACUAUCCUGAUCAAAACAGCAAUGCUUUCGAGAGUGAACAG